AUGUACGAGCAAGCCGCCAAGAUCUCCAUCGAAGCACCCGAUGUAAGAGUAGCAGCCUUAUUGCACAUUAUCGGACAUGAUGCUUUAGACAUGUACGAUACUUUUGACUGGGGAGACCACCCUGAACACAAAGACAACAUUGAGAAAGUGCUUGAGCAAUUCAGGAACCGCCUAGUUUCCGAGAGCAAUGAGACCUUCGAACGCUACAAGUUCUUUAAGCGGAAUCAGGAACCAGAGGAAAUGAUCAAUGCCCACAUCUGGGACCGUCUAGUCCACGGAAUCCGUGAUGACUCCCUUCGUUUCAAACUGUUAGGGAAGAAGCAGCUCAGUCUAGCAAAAUACCUGGAAAUUCUUCGAUCCAGUCAGAUAACUUUUCAACGAGCACAAGAAUUUUCAGUUGAUGAAGCAGCACCUCUACACUCAGUCAGGUGUGGACCACCAUUCAAGAAUAGAAGGCUACCUCCAAAGAAAACCCAAGCGAAAGAGAGCAGCAAAUUCAAGCCUCAUGCACACAAAGGAGGAUACACGGGGAAGACAACUGACUCAAAGAAAUUGUGCAGUUACUGUGGUCUGAAUCAUACCCCACAGAAGUCAGCAUGUCCAGCUGCAGAUAAGACGUGUUUCAAAUGCAACAAAUUGGGGCAUUUUGCAAGAGUUUGCCGAUCGAAACAGACAUCCACUACUACAACCAAGAAACCGGUCAAGUAUGUAGAAGAACAGGAGGAAGUAGAGUAUGUAUGA